UAGAGAUGACGCGGCUGUUGUGCGCCGCCCUGGCAGAGGCCAGGAACAGUCAGCAACGAGCAGAGUUAUGGGUGAUAUGAAGACACCCGAUUUUGAUGACCUCCUGGCAGCAUUUGAUAUUCCAGACAUUGAUGCUAAAGAGGCAAUUCAGUCUCAUACGAGGGAACCUGAUGGCAAUCACAGCGAAUCCGGUGGUGGUGGAAAGGAGAGAAGUGGAGCUCAGAGACCCACUGCUCCUUCAGAGGUCUGUGAAAGUGCUCCUCUAGCUUCUCAUGAUCCGUCUGCGGUCAGUGUUAUAGUGAAGAACAGUGUGCCUUCCGAUGCACAUGUGAGCGAGGAAGAGGAGCAGGAACAAGACAUGGCAGGACAGGUAAGUGAUGUCCUGGAUGGGGCAAACAGAAGUGGAGGUGGGGCUGUGCUGUCUCACCAUCUUGGGCCCAGAGUACAUAGCCUGUCACCAUCUGAUUCUCUUAUCCAUAAUGGAUUUAAUGCUGCCUCAGAUAGUCUUGUGGAACCCUCCCUGCACUCCAGUCAACCUCUGAUGCAGCCCAAUGGCCAGCUGUGGUCCCCAUGUUCCCCUAAAACAGCCAGUGAAGGUGAUGAGAGCAACCUCGAUGGCAGUUCCUCUAGUCACUCCAUGACCUUUCCGCCUCCUGUGCCUUUACCCAUUUCAGCUCCUUCCACAAAUUUGGUUGACCUUCUUCCUCCCAAGUUGGAUGAAAAUGAAGUCGAACAUCCUGCUUCUGCUUCUCACGUCGCCCCCUUAGCUCAGUCUUUAAACAGCACCUCAAGAACCGGAGUUCCACGUCCUUUGUCUGAAGACGAUGAAUCUGAGCCAGACCUCGGAAGCCCUCCACUCUUGAUCCGGGAGAGUCCUGACCUCCAGCCAUCCGUGUCUCCUAGGUUUCCACGCAGACCUAGGAGAUCUAGCGACUUGCAGCCCCCAUCUCCGUCCUCUCCAACCUUGCCUGUCAGCAACACCCAAGUAGGAGAGGCUGCUGCUGUAGGCCUGACUCCCUCUGUCACCAAUCAGGCACCCCCACAGAGUGGCAGCAUCCCCACUUCUGGGAUGGAAAAAGCUGACCCGCCUAAUAUGGAGCGCUACCCGGAGCACAUUAUCGAAGAGAGGGAUUCCCCUGAAAGCCCUGAGCCAGAAAUGCCUGCUUGCUCACCAGCUCCUGCCCAAGGCAGCACCAAACCUGCCAAUCGUUCCAGAUCCCCGCCCUCUGCCCAGCCAGAUGAGAAAGAGCCAACAGAGAAGAGAGUAGAGGAGGUUUCUGGCAAGGAUGAAACUAUGGAGAGGGAGGAGGGUGUACAAGAGUGCGGGAAUAAUCGUGACCCUAAUGUUCAAAGCAAUGCUGAAAAAUUGAAGGAAGGAGCAAAAGCAGGCGUGGAACAACAAGAAAGCUUAGAGCCAAAAGCUCUAGCUGUUGCUCCAGGGAAUAGCUUGGGCACCUCUACAGCACCUUCUAGGCCUCUCAAAGUUCGAAUCAAGACCGUUAAGACACCUACAGGCAACGUAACACGCAACGUUUCCAGAGCGGCGGCUAAAGGAGCUGCGGCCAGUGCCUCUAAGGGCUCGGAGAGCUCGAAGAUUCAGCUAGGGGGCCGUAAGGUGGUCAACAGGCCUAAGAGAUCUGCUCCCGCUACAUCAGGAAAUCCUGCAGUGCUGCCUGUGUCAACGUUUGAAGAUGCAAGCAUAGCCAUGUUGUUUGCAGCUAGCAAGGUACAGAAAGUGGCUGCUACCUUAUCGUUCUCUAGUGUCACAAAAGCGUCAGCCCUGCCUUCUGCGUCAUCCCCAUCCAUGUCUUCCUCUGCUUCGGGCAUCAAUGUCCGGUCCUUGGGUUUGAAAACAGUCUACAGCGCUGUGCCUUCCGCCAAAGCGGCUUCCAUUGUGAACAAUCCAGGAGCUGUGAUCUCUCGCAGCCAGUCCAGCCUGGUGGAGGCUUUCAACAAGAUCCUCAACAGCAAGAACCCGCUGCCCAGCUAUCAGCCGGACCUCUCCGUUCCACCACCUGCUGAGUGGGGUCUAAGUGUUCCUCCCACAGGUUACCGCUGCCUGGAGUGUGGCGAUGCUUUUGCCUUGGAGCGCAGCCUGGCUAGACACUACGACCGGCGAUCGCUGCGAAUCGAGGUGACCUGUAAUCACUGCUCAAAGCGCUUGGCCUUCUUUAACAAGUGCAGCCUGCUGCUACAUGCACGGGAGCACAAGGAGAAAGGGUUGGUCAUGCAAUGCUCUCAUCUGGUCAUGAGACCUGUCAGCAUGGAGCAGAUGAUUGGCCAGCAGGACACCGUGCCUAUAGGUGUGCUCUCCUCAUCUCUACUGGCUUGCUCGUCUUUACCUGCUGCUAAAGAGGAAACCUCUGGCCAGCCUGGAAUCUUUGAUAACAGGUGCCCGGAGUGCAGAAGUCCGUUCAGCUCUACAGAAGAACUAGCCGCACACUUCCAGGAAGUUGAUCCCAGCGGCUCUGACACAAGCUGCAUGCAGUGCUCUCCUCCGAUGCCUCUGUGGAACUCCUGCAGUGCCGCCGCUCACCAGCGGAUUCACCAGAAGCUGCCCCCUCUCGUCUGUCCAGAGUGUGGCCUUGUCUUCCUGUCCCACAACUUAAACUCUCACAUGAAGUACACCUGCCUGCACUACACACGGCAGCUUGGCUACAGGUGUGCCUGUUGUCAGCUGGUGUUUGGAGGUGUGAACAGUUUGAAUGCAGUGAAAAAUCACAUGCAGACAGCUCAUUGUGAAGUCUUCCAUAAAUGCCCUGCCUGCCCCAUGGCCUUCAAAUCUGCCCCCAGCGCUGAAGUCCACUGUACGGCCCAGCACCCGUCUCUCACAGGCACGACCAAACAGUCCAAGGAGAUCUACAAAUGUGUCUUGUGUCAGACAGUUUUUACCCAGAAAUCCCUGCUCAACCUCCAUUUUGACACUCACUUGGCAAAGCAGAAGGUUCAUGUGUUUAAGUGUCCUGAGUGCACCAAGCUGUUCACUCAGAGAGGUUCACUCCUGGCACAUGUGAAGGCUUCUCACAGGAACCUGAGCCACGUCUCAGCUCAGAAAAGCGUGUUGAAGAUGGAGAGCUCUGAUGGGGAGGAGUGGAGGAGAGAAGAGGAGGAGGUUGGGGAGAGGGAUGGAGAUCCAGGAGAGAAUGAACACUUUACUAUGCCCAGCAUCCAAACGUGGAGCUGCUCAGAAUGUCAGAUACGCUACACCGAUAAAGACGGUUAUAUUGCCCACAUGGCCAAACAGCAUGGAAAGGAGCUGAAGAGGUUUCCCUGCACACUUUGCGAAGGCUCUUUCUCUUCCUCCUCGAGUCUGAGACGACACAUGCGGAUCAAACACAAAGGCAUCAAACGAUCUUUCCAGUGCCAGCUGUGUCCCCAAGGCAGAAAGACGUUCGGCACUAAGCUGGUCCUAGAGAAACAUAUGCAAAUUCAUCACAAAGGACAAAGAGGAGCAGCCGCUCCGAGCCAGGUGCGUUCUCGUUUCACUGAUUCUGCUGACAGCUCAUCCAAACAGGACAGUGCCCUCAGCGCUGUGACCGCAGGCUCUGCAGAAGAGGACGAUGCUCGUCGGGACGGCAGGGCAGGUUCCAUUCCGGGCCGGGAGGGGGAUGGUUUCCGCUGCACGCCAUGCGGCUUCCUGUGCGAGGAUAAGGAGGAGUUCCUACAGCACAUCCAGAGCCACCGUGGUGGUGAAGGCGGAGCCUUUCAGUGUCAGCUAUGCGGGGCUUGUUUCGCCUCAAACUCCUCACUUAGUCGCCAUCGCUUUAUCAGCCACCGAAUGCGUGAAACUGAGCGCACUCGCACGCCCAGCAGCCACGGAGACAAUCACCACGGUAACGUGAGCCCUGCCCCCACUGACCCUUCUCCAGGGUCACCGUCUCAGGCAGAGGAAGGAGAAGGCAAGCUAAUCUGCAAAGUGUGCGGACGUCAUUUCAGCAAGGCCGCCGACCUCAGCACACACUUCAGAACUCACGGCAUGGCCUUCAUCACCGCCUAUAAAACGGACAAGCCGGCCUGAGACGGAACGGAGGGAUUACAGAAGCCGUUGAUACUGUAGUUUUUAAAUGUGAAGUCCUACUGAACGAUAGUUUAAAGUUUAAAAAUUAAAGCUGCGCAAUUUUUCUCUUACCCAGAGUCAUUUAGGCCUGUGCUCGGUGACGGUUAACCGAUCUACCAUGGUGACCCUAACAGCUCAUUUACCACUAGUUAAAAAAAAAAAAGUUAUUAAUUUAUUAAUAUCUUGAAAAUCAGAGCAAGACACUAAUAUUUCCAUACAUUAACAUAACUCAACUUGAUAUCCUAUGUCAAAGCCACAUUUAUUGAACUUCGUUUUGAUGACCUUGUUCUAGAAACUAGCAGGCAGAUGCAAAAAGCCAUGCACUGGUUGGGGACUGUCUACUGUCUUAAGACUGGACAUCGGGUUAAGCAGCCACAGAUGAUGCCGUUCAUUACUAGAUUACAGGUUUGUGGCCACAUUAAAGAUGACCACGUACUACAUCCACGACUUUGGCUCGGUCAGACCUCAACUAGCUGUGUUCUGUAUCUGCGGCAGCGUUGGGAACCGUCACAAAGUUACCAGAUGUGGUGUAAAUAAAAAAACGGAAAGGUACAGCAAAGAUAAGGAAAUGUCACCCAACCCUGAACAAGGAAGUCCUGGCUUAACUGUUUACUGCAGUUAUUUUCCUCUUGGUUACCCAAAUAUGAGGGUUCUGUUACCGGCGCAGGCCUACAGUCACAAAGACAGUUAGUUGUACGCUGUUGCUACGAGGGUAAUGUAGCUAAGAGGUAAUAGAAGCUUAUAGGCCACCAGAUUGCCUCAAUUAUCAUAUGUCUGCCUCAGUCCACAUUGAGUUAUAAAGUAAAUUCAGACUUGAUGAUGUGGUUUCUGACACCGUCUGGACUAUAAAACUGACAAAAGUAAAGACAACAUUCUGCUUUUGGUUCUUUAAUCAAGAAAAUGUUGACUGUUGAUGUUCAUAUAGAACCAUUUUCCGUUCUUUGGUAAAGAAAUUGGUUCUGCAUAGAACCCAAAAAACCAUUUGCAUGACUAAAGGGUUCUUUGCCUAAUGAAAUGAUUUUCAGACUGAUGGCGAAGUUACUUUAGAUGGUUCUAUAUAGAACCUUUUUGAAAAGGGUUCUAUAUAGCACCCAAAAAGGUUCCUCUAUUGUUGCAAUGUUAAGCUUGUGACAAUAGAAGAACCCAUUUGGGGUGUUUUAUAGAACCCUUUUCAAAAAGUUUCUAUAUAGAACCAUCUGUAGCACAUUCAUGCACAUUCUCCAUCAAUCUGAAGAACCUUUUCAUGAUGCGAAGAGCCCUUUAUUCAUGCAGAGGGUUUUUUGAGUGUUCAUGGUUCUAUGUAGAACCAUUUUCUUUACUAAGGAACCAUCUUUUUGAUGGGUGCGUGUGGUUCUUUAGUAAAGAAAAUGGUUCCCGGUAGAACCAUGAACACUCAAAGAACCUGCUGCGUGAUUAACGGGCUCUUUGUUUUAUGUUUCUGUGGUUUUGAAAAUGGUUCUAUGUAGUACCCAAAGGGGUUCUUCUGUUGUUACAAGCUUGACCUCGCAAUAAUAGAACCCUUUUGGGUGCUAUAUAGAACCCUUUUCAAAAAGGCUCUAUGUAGAACCAUCUAAAGUACCUUCACCAUCAGUCUGAGGAGCCCUUUCAUGAAGGAAAGAACCUUUAAUCAUGCAGCAGGGUCUUUAAGGGUUUGUGGUUCUGUGGAAAACCGUUUUCUUUACUAAAAAGCCCUUGAAGAGCUUUAAGAGCGUAAUUUUAAGUGAGCAGCAGCUUUUUCCCGUGUUUUUGUAGAGCGGUGUUGUUUGAGCCGAGUGGUUUAGCCGCGGGGUUUACGCAGUGCUGAUUGGUGGGGUAUAAGCUUCUCUUGCUUUUUAGGUGUAUUAGGCGUUUAGUUCGUCAGACGCAGCUGAUCAGGUGAGAGGAACGUUGUGUGGUUUAGGUCUGUUUGCCAGCGCCAGCUUUAUACCGUAUAUGUGUUCUUAUGUGCCUUAAACACUCCAUGUCCAGACUAACAAUAGCGCAGCUUAUCCAGGACUGAAGGCUUUGCAGCAAGAGUUUUAAUCAAUGCUCGUUUUUGUCUGAUGUGUUUUCUCUGCUUUUAAGGUGACAGUAGAAGGGAUGUGGGAGGCGGACCAUGGGUUAGGCUCUCAGGGCCAGACUUGAUCUCGUGACGAGAACACAUGUGGGGACAACUUGAACUUUUGGUGCUGGAUUGUGGCUGCUAACGAAGGUACACCCACUCAGAAACCCACCCCAAAUUCGUCUAGGCUGUGCUACUUUGGAGUACAUUCGAUAACCAGAAACACGAGCUAGCUAUCCAAACACUAUUAUAAGCGAAUGAAACCGUUUUUCCUCUGAAAGAGGUGGUGUUUGUUUGUACCACGUGUAAUAUGUUCUCCGCAGUUCCCAGACUAAUGGUGGCUUGUUGAGUGAGUCUGAGAGUGAGUGUGUUUACAUGCGCUUAAUAAUCCGAUUACUGCCGAAGAUUUUGUCUGUAAUCCGAUCAAGACAUUUACCUGCACGUGAGUAAUCUCCAAGUCCAGGUCUUCAUGAGUUAGACAGUAAUCAGAUUUCUGCUUUGCACCCAGCCAAUGAACUUACAGAAGACGUGACGUGAAACUCAGACUGAAAAUAUGAACGUGCAUCAUCUGGAAGAUGAAGAAUGUUAAAAUCCUUUAUUUUGUCAAGUAGGUUCAGGGUGAGUCAAGUCACAGGACACUGUUUUAUUUUAUUUUUUAUGCUGUCACAAGCCUCCAUGAUGCGGUGCUGCAGGUGGUGUUCUCUGAAGGCGGAUUUCCUCAGCAUGCACAAUUUGUUUGAGAUGACCCCAGAGAUAAAAGUCGAUAAUAAAAUAAAAAAUCUAAUAAAUCCUGUCCUGUGACUUUUGACUCACCCUGUAGUCGUUCUUGCUGCCAUCCUGCCUUUUAUUCGGUAUCGCCGUCUGUUUUUAUACAUGCGCAGACUGAAAAAUCUGAAAGAAGUCCGAGUAAGAGCUCACAUGCACUCAGAAGUCUGAUUACUGAGCUAAAAUCCAGCCUCUUUAUCAGAUUUCUCGUACUCUGAUCUAAGAAGGCAGCGCGUGCUGUUUACAUGGCUGUUUAAAUAAUCAGAUAACCGCAGAAAUCCGAUUCUGAUCGGAUUAUUAACGGCAUGAAAACUCACUCAAUGUUGAGCAAUGCAGCAUCACCCCCUCUGAUGAGCUCCACAUUUACAAGGCAUUUGAUUGGUUUAGAAACCUCAUACUCGGUUUGUUCCCACCCACAUCCAGCCCAGGAUUUCUCAUGGUUGCCCCUCAUGAUUCUCGCAGGUCCUGCGUAGUGGACAUUUGAGAUUAAUCAGUUAGACAUGCUUUAGCUCUUACCCCAGUGCACUUACUGAGCCUUAAAUGUUAACUCACAGAUGCCUUUUGUACUAUUAGAAGAACUCUGUCUGUUUAAUGUUCUACGAUGAAAACCUACUGAAUUUUAAAUGGAUUCUGAUUUCGGUGUUCAGUCAAGUUAAACUGGUUUAGGUCAGUAAUGCCCACUCUGUCUAUCUGGACUGUCUGUUCUUUUGCUCUGUUCCGCUGAAUACCUUGUAGGACUGCACGAUAUGGACCAAAUACUGUAUUAUAAUUAUAUUGUUGUCUAGUGCACUACACCAUUAUUCUAACCAAAUUUGUUUACGUUUAUUGACUCAGGAGACCCACAAACGCUCAUUUGCAUAUUGUAGCCCUUUGCGAUGUGAUCAUCGCCACGGCCAAAAUUGUGAUGACGGUAAACCGAUAUAUCGUGCAGUCCUACUGCCUCAUUAUCUGAGGACUGCGCAGGGAAAAGCUGAUUUAGUACUGAUUCUGCCCUAACUGCCUUGGGACAUCAUGAUUUCUGUGUAUUUAUCAAUCAAGAGGCUUUUAUAUUAGAAAAUAAAUAUGUAAUGGUCUUAGUAAAUUCUGUGAACUGUUCAACUGGUUGCCUUUGUCUUUGUGUCAGUUCUAAUCCAAAUUUCUCUGGAAUUCAGUACCAUCUGGAUUGAAAUGAAGAUGAUAAGGAGGAGUAGGAAAAACGCAGGCUGGUCUGUUCCCAAAGAUUUUUCAUGCUCUACAUUCAAAUAGGUGAAUUUUGGAAAUAUACAAACUUUAUCUCGGUACCUUUACAGCCCUUUCAAUCUAUUGUCUUAGCAUGACUAUUAAAUUAAAUGAAUGUUAUAAAAAUCUAAUUUACACAGUUCCCUGCCCAUAUGUAGGUGAUCAACUAAGGAGUUGUGUCCAGAUAGUUCGGGAGGUUCGCUCUGGAGCAAAGAGGCUAAUGUAGCUAACAAACAUUAGGUCGGUAGUCACCAUAACUACAUCCUUAAAGCAACUUUUUUGUUCCUUGACGGUUUCUUUGCGUUUCCACCUCCGUGUUUUACAGUAUCCUUAGUGAUGUCUGGUUGGAUUUCUUGUCCAGGGGCCAUAUUACAGAAGAGUCUGAAGUCUGAGAGCUGCUUUGUUGUCAUGGCAACCUCAGUUAGGACCGAAGCUUUACUACGACAGCGUUUUAGGGCUAAUGUUAAUAAAAAUACAGUAGACUUCGACCAAAAAGUCGUAAUAUUGUGGCCAAGGGAAGGCAGCAUCCCCUUGAGUUAAACGAGGGGCGUUGAGUUGGUGGAGCUCUACGUUCAUAUCAAUGCUCACCCAUAAAGAAACACUCAGCCUCCCCGUCUCUCCUGCACAUCAGCACCAGCCUGGUAUUAGUAUAAGAAACGACUGAGCAGGAAACUUUAUCUAGAAUAAAGAGCCAGACGGACUCGGAGGAAACCGUUGAAGGAGAAUCACAGGCAGGGUCAUCUGCAUGACUAUUGGGGGCUACAUCUCCACUCCAUUCAAGAAAAACAUGAAGUUUCACAGACAGCUUGAUGAUGAUCAAAAUGAUCCACAAAGACAGGAGUUAGUGGAUCUCCAGUACAGCAACCGAGACCCCAACGUGUUAUGGCAGUCCCCCUACAGUUGGCCCGGAGUUCCUAAUAUGAGCAUAACAACAUGCCGCCGACUACAACUGCAUCAGACACAAGUACAACUUGUGUGCUCACAUUUUUAACCCUGUCAUUAAAUUCCUUUAAUCUCAAA